GUAAUUCUUCAGCACGGUAAAGGUUUGGAACUACUGGCCUCAGGAAAAGGGGUAGGGUGGUUUAGAUGGGAGGAAGAGAUUUUUGCUCACAGGGGUGCUGUGAAUCGUGCCUAGAGCUGGUUGCAGAAAAUAGUCCACUGUAUGAAGCCUGGGUGAGAAGACUGGCUGAGUGUUGCUGGCCUAGGUGGAUGACCUGGGGCGCGCUAACAAACCCCUAUCGGCCUCGGUGUCCUCUUGGGGAAAGUGGAGAUGGAAGGAUCUGAUGACUGUCCUGGUCUUGCCUUGUUUCCCCAGUUGUCCAGCAUGUUCUGCCAACCCCACGCAGAAGCACACUGACCAUGAGCCUCAACUCCUCCCUCGGCCACAGGAAGGAGCUGAGCAACCUGACUGUGCUGAAGGGUGGUGAAGGGGACGUCCUUGUCACCGAGUUCAUCGCCAUCAUUGUCAUCACCGUUUUCGUCUGCCUGGGCAACCUAGUUAUUGUGGUCACCUUGUACAAGAAGUCCUACCUCCUCACCCUCAGCAACAAGUUCGUCUUCAGCCUGACCCUGUCUAAUUUCCUGCUGUCUGUGUUGGUGCUGCCUUUUGUAGUGACAAGCUCCAUUCGGAGGGAAUGGAUCUUUGGUGUGGUCUGGUGCAACUUCUCGGCCCUACUCUACCUGCUGAUCAGCUCGGCCAGCAUGCUCACCCUUGGGGUCAUUGCUGUCGACCGCUACUAUGCUGUCCUCUACCCUAUGGUGUACCCCAUGAAGAUCACGGGGAACCGGGCCGUGAUGGCCCUUGUCUACAUCUGGCUUCACUCCCUCAUCGGCUGCCUGCCCCCCUUAUUUGGUUGGUCAUCAGUGGAGUUUGACGAGUUCAAGUGGAUGUGUGUGGCUGCAUGGCACCGGGAGCCUGGCUACACAGCCUUCUGGCAGAUCUGGUGUGCUCUCUUCCCCUUCCUGGUCAUGCUGGUGUGCUAUGGCUUCAUCUUCCGCGUGGCCAGGGUCAAGGCACGCAAGGUGCACUGUGGCACUGUGGUCAUGGUGGAGGAGGACGCCCAGAGGAAUGGGAGGAAAAACUCCAGCACCUCCACCUCCUCCACGGGCAGCAGGAGGAACGCCUUUCAGGGUGUGGUCUACUCGGCCAACCAGUGCAAAGCCCUCAUCACCAUCCUGGUGGUCAUUGGAGCCUUCAUGGUCACUUGGGGCCCCUACAUGUUUGUCAUCACCUCUGAGGCCCUCUGGGGGAAGAACUAUGUCUCCCCGGCCCUGGAGACCUGGGCCACGUGGCUGUCCUUCACUAGCGCCAUCUGCCACCCUCUGAUCUAUGGACUUUGGAACAAGACAGUUCGCAAGGAACUACUGGGCAUGUGCUUUGGGGACCGAUAUUAUCGGGAACCAUUUGUGCAGCGACAGAGGACAUCCAGACUCUUCAGCAUUUCCAACAGGAUCACAGACCUGGGCCUGUCUCCACACCUCACGGCACUCAUGGCUGGUGAACAGCCCCUGGGCCACAGCAGCAGCACCGGGGACACUGGCUUCAGCUGUUCUCAGGACUCAGGAACGGAUUGGAUGCUGCUGGAAGACUACACGUCUGAUGACAACCCACCCUCCCACUGCACUUGCCCACCCAGGAGGAGGAGCUCAGUGACCUUUGAGGAUGAAGUGGAACACACCAAAGAAGCUGCCAAGAACUCUAUUCUUCAUGUGAAAGCCGAAGUGCACAAGUCCUUGGACAGUUAUGCAGCCAGCUUGGCCAAAGCCAUUGAGGCUGAAGCUAAAAUCAACCUGUUUGGGGAGGAGGCUUUGCCAGGGGUCUUGUUGGCCGCACGGACUGUCCUGGGUGCUGGCUUUGGGGGCCGCCGAGGCAGCAGAACUCUCGCAGGCCAGCGGCUCCAGCUGCAGAGCAUUGAAGAAGGGAACAUUUUAACUGAGGAACAAAGAUGAGGCAGCCAGAGCCAGAGCCGGAGGUGGUGCUCUGUGGUGGGAUUCCCACUGUCACCUGUGCUGGAGCCCACACGUCAGUGUGUACCAUGGGCCAUGUGCUGUUCAGAGGGAACGGCAUCUGCUGUGCAGCCAUCAGCGAGAGGACUGGAAUGUGUCUGGAGUCAGUGACCUCAGUGUCUGCUGUCAGACCACACUUGGGCUUUAUUUUCAGAACCAGUGCUGGGACCAGAGGUGUCUAAAGCACAGAGGAAAGCAGGCGGAGGUGUGGUAUUGACUUUUUGGGAGGUAGGGCAUGGGGGGCUGGAGACCACGGGCUUGGAAGGAAAACUGCUGCGUGGAUUGUUUCAUCUUCUUCACACCCUGCUUCCUGGGGCACCCGGCACGUCCUGAGGUUCUCGGGAGCAAAUACUUCCCAGUGCACUGUGGAGGACCACGUGUCUUCCUAACAAAGCCAGAGCAUCCCUGGGCUUCCGUGUGGUUGACGCAGGCAGUGUGGGGUCUUUACCCCUAGACUAAAUGGUCCCCAGAGAGAGAAUGCAGGAGGAGAGCACCCAAGCUGGAGUUCCCCACCUCGUCUCCUGGUUCCAGUCUUGCCUUCAGUGGAGUCCCCUGCUGGUGUUUGUCAGGGCAGCUCACAGGCCACAGGGCAGAGGAGGACGGGGCCCAGCCCACCCACUCCCUAAGGACAGAUACUUCGGUGUUUCGCAGAAGGGAGAAACCACUAUAACAGGAGGAAGGGGCGGGUACCAGGCGUUUCAUUUUCAGAAUUAAAAAAAAAAAUCCAUUUGAUUAGGACACAUCCCUGCCUUACUGAGCCAGAAUGGGGCUGGUGCCAGGCACAGCCCAGAAACAGAGAUGUUGUUAUUGGAGGGAAGCCCUUUCCCAUAGGAAAGACUCGUGGAAUAGAUGCUGUUUGUGAUGUUAUAUGUGACCAAAUAGAGUAGUUGGCUUCCAGUUCCCAAGGAGAUACUCCUGAGUGCAACAGGUACCGUUAGUACAACCCUGAGCAGUAUAAGAUAGGCUGGGAUAGAGAAAGCACUGGACCCAGAGUCAGUAUCCUGGGUUCUCAGCCCUGCUCUGCCUCUGAUCACACAUGCAGUUUAGGGCAUCUGUGAAACAGGAAAAGGUGGUAGGGGGUUGGAUUGAAUGGUCUUAGAGAACAUUUCUAGCUCUGAUCUUCUUUGAUGUUCUCUGAGUUUAUGAAUUAGAGAUAGGGAACAAAAAAUAGUGGACCCACUGACCAACAUUUGUAUCUCUUGGAGUGUCAUUCCUAAUGUACAUAUGAAGCACUGCCAGGCUCCCGAGUCUGGGUCUGUCUGGCCUGUUUAGAGCACAGUCCUGAUAGAACGCCAGUCCCCAAGCUGCAUCUUGGAGGAAGAAGGACACUUCCUCAAAGGUGGGAGUGGAACAGCAGGAAUUGUGAUUCGUGUGGUGAAAUCCUUCUCCUCUCCCUUUCGAGGCCUGGUAAGGACAGCGUCUUUUUGCUGUGGGGCAGAAACCAAUGGUUGGUUUGUCCGCUGGGUCUGCAGUUCAUAGAGGUCUGGUUUCUUGCCCCCUUCAUGGUGAUGGAACUCCUCAACAACCGCGACCCCUGAUCAGCUGGGUGCCGGGCACUGGCCCCGGCUCAGGGUGGAAGUGGAGGUGGCUUUUCCAGAGGAGGAGAGGACAGUUCCGCCUGUGGGUUCUACCGACGGCAUGUGCAGGUCAGAUUUUUCUCUCAGUGGGGUGGGGUGUUCGUUAGUCUGAGGGUGGUGUUUCCGUUUAUUCUAUGUGUACAUACAUUUUUCUGGCACUUGCCUAGUCUCUAAGGGGACCAUAUUCCUGAUCAACUAGCGGGUGCAGAAGUGGCUCAUGGCAGAGAAACCUUUACCUCUGGGCUGGAACAACCUGGGGUUGGUGGCUGGAUAGGCCUUUUUGAGUGUGGCAAAUUGGAUUAGAACCCAAGGGUUGCAGAAUGCCUUCCAUCUGAGGCCAGCUGGGAUAUACCAGGAUUUAGUCUAAGCUAAUGUAGAAAAAGAAUUUCACAAAAGAACACACUCCAUUUCCCUUUAUUCUUUUGAGGGUCAUUAAUUUGUUCACGUACCAAACACUGCUUCCACUCUGUGCAAGCUAGGCUUCAUGUCAGUAACACUAAAAUGUUUUCACACCUGGAGGAUCCCGGUUCUAAUACAUAACAGAAUUAAGUAAUGAAUCUAGAAAGAACCGUGGGCUGCAGACGGGGGGUGGAUACUUCCACUGAGGGAGUUUGGUGACUCCAUGAAGUAGGUGACGGUUUGAGCCAAGUCCUGGAAGAUGUUUGGCAGCUAGAACCAUAUUUUGCAUAUUCAAGAAUUCAAAUCUGCCUAGAUUCAGCAGGAGAGAAGGAGAAAUGAAAUGGUCCACAUGCAUUCUGGAGUUUCAGAGAGGCCUUUUCAGGACACCUGCCCCCAGUGCAAAAGGUCUAAGUCCCCACUGCACCCAGGCUCAUUAGCUAUACCCUGCAGUGCAGUGGCAGGCCAAGGCCUUCCACAUGGACAGUGGCAGGUGGGGCAUUUGGCCACUCGUUUGCAAAAAUACCUCAAUCCUGUGACUUCUGGUUUUGACAGGACCACUUUUAGGGCUGUUGCACAUCUCUACUUCAUUCAUUGAGAUGCCACUUGCCUGGGUCCCUCCGCCAUGCCCCAGUACCAGGUAUGGGGGCUGUUGUGACCCAGAGGCAGUGGAGUGCCACACUGCACAGCACAAACCUCAACACCGAUCCUUGUCCCCUUGCCAGAGGCACCGGGACGUGUAUUGAUCAUACACUAGGUGGCAGCACUGUGGCUAUGACGCCACCAGCAGUUCCCCAAGGUGAAGAGCUAAGGAUAAACCUGAAGACUUGCUUGAUUCUGGCCAAGAUGCUUGCUCUGAACUUCCUCUCCAAGGACUGCAGUCCUCAGCCUUUAAGAGACCACACACCUUGUCUGCUUACGUGUGUAACCCCCAUUCGGGUUCACAGGUCCUGCCACUACUGAACCUGUGUGAUGUUAAGAGGGUCAGAGAGGAGUAUAGGACAAGGGCCCUCUGGCACUAAUGUGCUCUGAUUCUCACUGAAGGAGCUGCUGUUUAGUCUCUGCAAAGAACUGAGCAACCUGGGGCCAAGGUAGUCUGAAUUGGGACUGGGAAGGGAGGAACAGUACUCUGAUACAGUGAAAGACCUUAGCCCGUUUAGACUUAACUAUGUGCCUCUUCUUCCCUGCUGACAGUAUGCCCCUUAGACACCUCUGAACUACAUACAAGAUAUACCCAUGCCAAGGAUUUAACCUUGAGCCUAGGCUACCUCCUGUCUGGAACUGUAUGGUUGGCAGGGAACUAACAUUGAGUGCCUACUGUGUUUCUGACCUAUUUGACAUUUAAGUGCCUACUGUGUGCUGUGCACUAUGUUAAAAAAACAAAACAAAACAAAAAAACCUGUUGCCAUCGGGUCGAUUCCAACUCAUAGUGACCCUAUAGGACAGAGUAGAACUGCCCCAUAGGGUUUCCUAGGAACGGCUAGUGGAUUAGAACUGCUGACCUUUUGGUUAGCAGCUGCGUUUUUAACCACUGUGCUACCAGGGCCCUGGUGCUAUGUUAGGCCCCUGCACAUACAUUCAUUUCUCCUCAGUGUAGGUGUGAUACAGUGAGAACAGUGCAGGAUUCAGUAUGUAAGUUCUGGGUUCAGAUCCCACUCUUACUUAUUAGCUGGGCGUUCUCGGGCAAGUUCAUCUUUCUUUCAGUGUCUCAGUGCCUUCAUCUGUAAAAUGGAGUUCUGUCAUCUAUGUGGGGACACACACAACCCAGGGAGGGGGUUUUGUGGGUUACUUACAUAAGGAAAUACUUGUAAAGCUUCCAGCAUGGUACCUGGAGUAUAGUCGAUGCUGAGGAACUGGUAUUUCUUUUCAGUAAUUCUGUGAGGUGGGGGUAUUAUUCCUGUUUUACCGGGAUCUCUGUGACAGGAAGUGAGAAUCUUGAAAAGGUAACUGUUAUCCUGGACAGGAGGUGUGGAAGGCGGUGGCUGUACAGCACAAAAGGAUCUUUUGGGAAAGCAGGGAUGGGGUGAGCAGGGGGAAGGCGAGGGAGGAGGGGAGGAGAGGCUAAGCAGCAUUUGGGAUUCAGAGGCUCAAGGGAGCAGGAAUGAGCUACUAUCCCUCAUGCUCCUAGGCCUGCUGGCACAGACAUAAAAUAACCCUAAACUGCCGUGAAUGGCUGUCAGUAAUGGCCAGACCCCAGGGCCUGGUGGACAGUCUCACAACACAGUGCAAGUUCAGCCUCUACUUCCCUUACAGCCCCAAAGGGAUGGGUGCAGAGACAGCUCUGUCCUGCAAUUAGGGGCUUGGCCUUGGCUGUUGAGAAGGGAAACCACGGUCAUCAGCUGUGAGGUAAAGAAAAAUGGCUGUGGUCACAGUCAUGUGACCACAAGGGGGAGAGCUGUACCCUCCUUGUGGGUUGAGAACAAAGGACAUAGAAUCCAGGGAGGCCCAGGGAGAUGAAUUGACUUGUCCAAGGUCUCAAAGUGAGUUAGGCCUGAGUCAGAGCCAAGCGAAGGAAGGAACCAGUUUCGUAGCUCAAGGAAGGCGAGGUAUAAACCAAGGAGCUCGGGAGACACGAAGAAUACGUUUGCUAGACCUCAAAAAACAAGAAAACCCGCAGGCCCAAGGCAAGUGGAUUCAUUACAACGAAUUCAAAGCACAAACGCUAAUCUGUACAAGAUUACAGAGCACAGAUUUGCUCAGUGUUGUUUUAAGAGAACAUAAUACACAAAGCUGUGCUCAUUCCCUCAGAAAAUGUUUUCCUGAGCAGUAUGAAUAACUUAGGAAUUAGAAUCCACUCAUUUUUCCUUUCAACAGCACCAUUUUUAACCAUCAUAAAUCACAGGCAUGUCCGCUCCUCCCAGAGGAAAAGAGAGUCCCCAGGAGGCUCACAGGCCUGGGCAGGCAAGGCCCCACUGAAGAGUGGAGGAGAAAACCCGUUUGCCUGGGAUCAGGUCUGUUAAUCAGCACUGUGUUCUGAUAAUGGACCACUGGAUGCAGAAAUGGCUAAAAACCAAGCUUCAAAACAAAACAAAAACACGCUAAUCCUGAAAUAUAUUUGAAGUUUUUGGAUUUUUUUUUAAAGAUAAAAAUGUUUAGGGUUAUUAUAAAUCAAUAUUUAUAAACAAGUAAGAGCGUAUUUAAAAUAGGUUUACCUGAUUAAAUGUGUUUUGGGUAUGUGUAUUUUUUAUAGCUGUGGAAAUUGUAAUUGUGCUGUAGGCUUUUCUGGGGGUCCCCUUUCCCCACAGCCUCCGUUCCUAGGACACACAACUAAAAAGAGGAAGGAGCCUGAGCAGGACAGAUUGCUGCAGUUUGUGUGAGGGUGCCCAUACCAAAGCCAACUGGGCUCAUUCAUCCACGUUUUUCAUAAAUUUCCCCUGGCAGUUAGAUGCACGGAAUACUGGUAAAUGACCCACCUCUUAUUAUGACCAAGAUACACAGAACACUCUCAACCCGAAGUUUUUAAAAAGAGGUUUAAUGAACAUCGGUGCCCCCCACAUACAAAUACCUAAUCCAUAAUCAAAGAGGGUGGGUGGCAGAUGAUCAUUGAGCCGCAAAACCCACCCCUUUACGUGACACCCACCUGUCAGCACUGAUGUUGUAUUUUGUUCUGAGAGGGUAGGUGAGCUCUAGGGUCCAGUCGCCUGACUUUCCAGGGUCCCCCGCACCCCACAUUCGCUGAAUCUUGUUAGCUCUGCCUCUGUAGAGUAUCUUCUCUUUGCUGCCUCCCUGACUGCCGGUCUGGCCUGCCUUGCUCCUGAGUUAUAUGUAACAUCAAAGUGGCAAAAUCUCUAAAUACAGAGGGCCUAAUUCCUUUGACAAAUACCAUUUUGGUUUUCUUCUGUUGCUUUUCCUGCCAAAGAGUUACUCUUUGACUGCGCAGCGUGCUCCAGUAGCCUCUGCCCUUUCAGUUCUCCAACACCUCCUCUACCAUGUCUGUACAAGUUACUGUUCUCUAACAGUGGGGGAAAAAACGUCCUUAUAUGCUUAGUCUUUUCUCUGUAAAGCCCUUCAACCUCCAUGGUUACAUGCGGUCCUAAUACAGCCCCAGUAACAUAUGUAGACACAUAUGAAUACCCAUAUACUAAAGAGGCGGAAAUAGAAGCCCAGAGAAGUCAGUAAGCUUGACCAGGUCACAUAACUAAUUGGAAACCAGAAGCUAAGAUUCCUGAACCUUCCGGAAAUCAUGAAGUUGCCUUGUUUGGCUAAAGCUUUUAUUCCUUUUUCACUUUUGACAAUUUCCCACUUUACCUAGUAUGGAUACAUAUGUGCUCUUGUCCAGGCUUCUUCUUCUUUUUAGGUGCCCUCAAGUUGGUUCUCACAGCGACCCUAUGUACAACAGAAUGAAACACUGCCUGAUCCUGCACCAUCCUCACAACGGUUGCUAGGUUUGAGCCCAUUGUUGCAGCCACUGGGUCAAUCCAUCUUGUUGAGGGUCUUCCUCUUUUUCAUUGAUCCUCCACCUUACCAAGCAUGAUGUCUUUCUCCAGGGAAUGAUCCCUUCUGACAUGUCCCAAGUACACGAGACAAAGUCUCACCAUUCUCACUGCCAAGGAGCACUCUGCCUGUACUUCAUCCAGGACAGACUUGUUUGCUCUUCCGGCAGUCCAUGGUAUAUUCAAUAUUUUUUGCCAACCCCAUAAUUCAAAGGCAUCAAUCAACUCUUCUUCAGUCUUCCUUAUUCACUGUCCAGCGUCCACAUGCAUAUGAGGCAACUGAAGAUACCAUGGACAGGCGCACCUUAAUCCUCAAAGUGACAUCUUUGCUUUUCAACACUUAAAAGAGGUCUUUUGCAACAGAUUUGCCCAAUGCAAUAUGCCAUUUGAUUUCUUGACUGCUGCUUCCAUGGAUGUUGAUUGUGGAUUCAAGGAAAAUGAAAUCCUUGACAAUUUCAUUCUCUUCUCUGUUUAUCAUGAUGCUUAUUGGUCCAGUUGUGAGAAUUUUUGUUUUCUUCAUGUUGAGGUGCUACUACUACUGGAGGCUGUGGUCUUUGAUCUUCAACAGUAACUACUUCAAGUCCUCUUCACUUAGAGCAAGCAAGGUCGUGUCAUCUGCGUAACACAGAAGAGGAGCUCAUGGCUGGUGCUGCUGAUGGUAGAUGAGGGAUGACUGUGACAACACCAACAUUUUCUUUUCUUGUUGUCAGUUUUAUCAUUUCGGCAGCGCUCGGUGGCUGUCUCGAAAUUAGUUCAAUGAUCAGUCCAAGCAUGUAAUUUCUUCUCCAUUUGCUUGCUAGCCAGGAGGAAGGAAGAAGACAGUUACUGGCUGGAGUACAGCCCAAAGGGAAGUUGCUGGGGUAGCUGCUGUCAUUAAAAAGUGAGACAUUUCCCAAGAGUUCCUUGAGUGGAAACUCAAAAACAUUCCUCUGGUUACAAAGGCCACUCUUAAAGAAUGAAGAAUUGAUGUGCCAUCCCAGAAACUUUGUUAUAGCAAAUAAGUGUGUGUUUAGAAGACAAGAGAAGAGAAGAGCCAAGACUACCUUUGAAAUCAUCCUUUUGGACCACUAAAAACUGACACACAAAUUUGCUGUGCCUGGUUUCGGCCUCUAAAGUACUCUUAGUCAUCUAGUGCUGCUAUAACAGAAAUACCACAAGUCGAUGGUUUUAACAAAGACAAGUUUAUUUUCUCACAGUAAAGUAGGCUAAAGGUCCAAAUUCAGGGUGUCAGCUCCAGGUGAAGGCUUUCUCUGUCUGCUCUGGAGGAAGGUCCUUCUUGUCAAUCUUCCCCUGGACUAAGAGUUUCUCUGCGCAGGAACCCCAAGUCUAAAAGACACACUCUGCUCUUGGUGCUUUUUUCUUGGUGGUAUGAGUUCCCCAACUCUCUGCUUGCUUCCCUUUCCUUUUUAUGUCUUGAGAGAUAAAAGGUGGUGCAGGCCACACCCUAGGGAAACUACAUUAAAUCAGGGAUGUGACCUGGGUAAAGGUGGUGUUACAAUCCCACUGUAAUCCUUUUGACAUAAAAUUACAAUCACAAAAUGGAGGACAACCACAGAAUACUGGGAAUCAUGGCCUAACCAAGUUGAUACACACAUUUUUGGGGACAUAAUUCAAUCCAUGACAGGUACCAAGAGGCAGCAAGGCAGGUCUGGCUUCUGAAGGCAGCUUUGGACAUUGGGAAAGUAGCAUAGAGAAGCCAUGGAUAUGUAGUAAGCUCACUUGGAUGAGAAGAGGAGGAGAGGAACUGGAAAUGACAUAGAUAAUAAUUUGGUGUGAAGACAAGAUUUUAUUUAUUUUGCAAAUGGACUGAAGAGAUGUUAGCAUGUGUACAGACUAAGGGAAUGACACCAGCAAAAUGAGUAUUUAGGAGGGAAGGGAGGAUGACAGGUGGGCUAGGCAUACAAGAACAGUUUCAGGUCAUAACCUAAAAGACAGAGGUUUGGGUAUGGAUGGCUGAAGUUGAAUGGAGGAGAACAUCAGAGUUGCAGAAGAUCAGGAAUUAGAAGAAUUGACAGUCAAAGCUUUGAGCUGAAAUCUAGACAGUGGAGAGAGGAGGACCAGAAGACAGAAGCCUUCAGAAGCAGCCUGUGCUGUGUGUAGUACGUGAGCUCUCUGUGCUAUUCUCAGUGAUUUAUUUAUGCUUGAAGCCUGACUCCUGUACUUGUGUAAUGAGGUACCACUAAAUCAUGAAGAGACGAUGACUGUAGGUAAAAACGGAGCACUUGGGAAGAAGAAAUGAAAAAAGCCUUUCUAUGUGAUCCUAUCAGAAGUCAAACUGGAAAAGGUUAAUAAAUCUAGACAGCAGGGAAGGUCUGUCCUCUUUUGUCACAGAGCAAAUUGGAAAAACAUGGAUCAAAGUAGCAAGGUGAUAAAGCUAGGCAUUAAAUAAAAAGUCAAAUUCAGGGUAUCGUAAAACAACCAACUUCUUUAAUUAGAAAGCAACAAACAUGCAAAUGGCAAGUAUAGAAAUUUAUUUGAACCAACAUUUUCACUAUAAUGAAAAUUACUCUUCAACACUGAUCCAAGCUCCCACGUCUGACAGUCAGGGAAAAUAUUGCACUUUGCACUGUCUAGCACUCCUCAUCCAUGGCAAACGUUUUUAAAACAUUUUGCUAAUUUUGUUUUACACACACUCCCAAAUUCAUGCACACAAUUGUUCCAAACCAAAGUUAGGUUAUCCCAUAAAAAGGGAAAAACUCCAAAAAACCCAAACCCUUAAAAUUGCACUAAAGCUCUGUAAAGAAAAAAUGUAAUAAACGUCUUCUACGAGUCCCAGCACAGCUGAGUGCUUGCCAACAAGAGCCGGUUACUCUUCGUCCUCAUUUCCGUUCUCCUGGCUGGAGCCUUCUGAUCUGUCAUCCUCCCGCCGGUCUGGGAACAGAGACACGGUGAUCACCCAGGGCAGCGAGUGCUUUUAGUGUCACAGUUACAAUUAAUUUCCAAUGCUUUUUAUUUAAAACUGAUUUAAGUGUAUACAAUACAUCAUUAUGUAAAAAUCGUCUCACCACUGUGUGGCAGACAUGUUAUUUUUUGUCUCUUGUUAGUUGCUGUCAGGUUGGCCCCCAACUCACAGUGACCCCAAGAAUGUAAGAAACACUGCAUUAUUAACCUUAAAUAUGCACAUAAUUCUAAUACAUAUUCAGUAAAGUAAUAAUAAUGAAAACAAAAAACCCUGAAGAUCUUGAUAUGUUGUUUUCAAACGGUGUUCCUUGACGUCUAGAUCUAAGGUGUGUCAGGUGCCACUGAGGGGGAAGCUGCGUGAGAGAGAUUCUGGUGUCCACCCUUCAGGGUCUGUGUAAUUCUGUUUGUAAAAAGAUGUAAAUUAAAUACCUAACACAUUCCAGGCACUGUGCUAACAACGGAGGAUACAAUGGCAAUCAAAAUAAACAUCUGUGGUCUCUGCCCUGAAGGAGCUUAUCUAGA